AUGAAUGCAAAGACAGAGGAGAAAGAGACCAUUGAGGAGCAAUUCAUUGCUUCGUCUUGUGCUUUUAGCUGCGGCAUCCGUGCAAGUUGUCGUGAGACCUUGGCCCAGAAGAUCGAUCGACUUGGAGCCCUGAAGGUGUCCUUGGUGGAGAAGAAGGGUGAGCUCAAGGACGCCCAGAAUGCCUUGUCCAAGGACUUCGACGUCCUGAAGAAGCUCUCCGAGACCUGUGAGGCGAAGACCAAGGAGUGGAGCGUUCGCGAGAAGAGCCGUGGCGAGGAACUGAUCGCGAUUGGCGAGACUGUGAAGAUCCUCAACAGCGAUGACAACUUGGGCCUCUUCAAGAAAGCCUUGCCCAGCCCCAGUCUGUUGCAACUGGGAGGAUCGAGGCACAAGGCCUUGGGUGUGCUGAAGGGCUAUGCCUCCUCUUUGGGCUCCAAGGCAGUGGGGAACCGCACCAAUGUGGACCUAGUGAUGCUGGCUUUGUCGAACAAGGGUGUCGACUUCUCUUCUGUGAUGAGCAUGAUUGACAACAUGACGGUGCUCAUGGAGCAGGAGCAGAAGAAUGACGACGAGAAGAAGGCCUACUGCAACAAGCAGACCUUCGAGACGAAGCGGAAGACCAAGGCGUUGCGUCACAAGAUCCAGACCUUGGAGCAGGCGGUCCUGAUCCAAGAGGAGGCCAUUGCCAGCACUUCGAGUGAGAUCGAAGAGCUCCAGAAAGGCGUGACCAAGUUGGACAAAUCAGUGGUUGAAUCUACUGAGAUGAGAAAAAAGGAGCACGAGGAGUUUCAGAAGGUCAUGCAAGAGCAGGCUGCAACCAAGGACGUGCUCUUGAUGGCCAAAGAUCGCUUAUUCCAGUUCUAUCAUCCCGACAUGACUACCACCUUAACCACCACUGGGCCCUAUGACCUUGGCCUUGGUCUGCUGCAGGAGUCUGCGCCAGCCUUGGUGCAAGUGGAGGCCCACAUCUCCGAGAACGAGCCUCCAAGCUUCGGCUCCGCCAAGUCGGUGCAGGGCAACCGUGUUCUGACCAUGUUGGAAGGCCUGGUGACCGAGACUGAGAAGACGCUGGCGGAGGCGGAAUCCAACGAAAAGGAGUCCCAGCGCCUCUAUGAGGACAUGUUGGUCGAUGCCCAAGCCAAGCGUGAAGCUGACGUUAAGGCCAUUGCAUCCAAGCAAAAGGCCAAGGCCUCUGCAGAGACCGAGAAGGUCAAGAAGUCUGAUUCGAAGACGGCCGAGAAGGAGGAGUUGAAGGAUGUGCAGCAGUACGGCGCUGAGCUCAAAGAGGAUUGCAGCUGGCUGCUGGCCAACUACGAGACGCGCAAGACGGCCCGUGCUCAAGAGAAGGAGUCCCUGACAGACGCGAAGGCUGCCUUGGCAGGGGCGAAGUAG